UCUCUUCACAUUAAAGAGAUAAACCUCCCACAAUCUCUUUCUCUCUCUCAACCUUCACUCUCACUAACCAUGGAGAUCCCAGAAAAGCUUCUCAAGUUCAAAUACCACUUCCUCUCUGCACUCAUUUUCUGCCUCACCCUCUACUCCCUCACCCUCUUUGCGCCAAGAUUUCUAACCAUUCUGGCUUACUUUUGGCCUCUCUUCCUCUCCACCGCCCUCUUCCUCUUUGCCGUCGUCGUCUUCGGGAAGACUUCGUUACCGGGCUCAGAUUCCCACGCUGACAAAGCCGGCGAAGGCCUCCUCGAUUAUGUAGCCGGCCAGCCGGACCACGCCGUGGAAAGUUACCCUUCUGAAAUUUUAUUCGUUGCACAGUCGCAAACAAACAAAGAGGUGAAAGUCAGGAAACGACGCAGACGAAAAAGAAGACGAAGUCGCCCAUUCGAUCUCUUCUCUCCGCCGACAGCCUCCGGUGGCCUCAAUCUCCUCUGGGUUGUUAAGCUGAUAACCUCUAGCUCUCUUCCUCCAGCCAUGGGCAAGUAA